UAAAUAUGCUUUUUUGUGCCUGUCUUUAGGUGGUUUAUUCGAUACAGAAGAUGAUGAGCAAGAGCUUGCCUUCCGAAUCGCAAUCGACAAAAUCAAUGCAGACUCGACUAUGCUCAAACGGUCCCGACUCGUUCCAGAAGUGGAGAGAGUUGCGGUCGACGACAGCUUUAGGGCUACAAAGAAAGUGUGUUCCCUCCUUCAAGCGGGGAUCGCUGGUAUCUUUGGUCCCCAAUCCGACGUCACGAGUAUGCACGUGCAAUCCAUCUGCGACGCCAUCGACAUUCCGCACGUGGAGACGAGGUGGGACUUCCAACUGCAACGAGCUGACAUGUCCAUCAACUUGUUCCCAAGACCUUCAGUCCUCAGCCAAGCGUACGUCGACCUUGUCAAGAUAUGGGGAUGGCGCAGCUUUUCUUUAGUCUACGACGAACACGAAGGUGUAAUUAGAGAUUUCUUGAAGGAAGCCCAAAAAAAUGAGUGGCGAGUCCAGCUCUAUCAAUUUCGCCCUUCUCAAGCUUACAGAGACAUCUUCUGGAGGAUAAAAUCGGCCGGAGAGUCACGGAUUGUGCUGGAUGUGAAAAGAGAUACAUUACGCACAGUCCUAAAACACGCUCAACAAGUUGGAAUGAUGACAGAAAGCCAUAAUUACCUCAUUACUUCACUUGAUCUUCAUACGAUUGACAUGGAAGAUUUUAAAUAUGGAAAGACAAAUAUUACUGGAUUUCGAUUAGUGGAUGAGAAUAACGCUGAUCUUCAAGGAUUAGUUGUAGAACUCAACACAAAAUGGGCUGGAGCCAUAAGGAAGCUGGAUUUCCCAAUAAAGACUAUUCGAACAGAAACAGCGUUGAUGUACGAUGCGGUCCAGCUUUUUGCAAAGGCUCUUGAGGACCUGGAUGCCAGUAAAUCAAUAGACUUCCCUCCUAUUUCUUGUGACAGUGGUCUCAGGGGAUUGGAUGGAAGCAGCAUCAUUAAUUUCAUGAAACCUGCGAACAAUCGUGCUAGUGUUAAUAGACGGGCAGUUCCUUCCUGCAGAUGUCUCGCUAAUGUCACUGCAGCCAAUAGUAGCAUCCAAGGCCUUACAGGGAAAGUAAAAUUUGAUGAGCAAGGAUUCCGAUCUGAAUUUGUGUUGGAUCUAAUCUAUCUCACAAAAGAUGGAUUAGAAAAGAUUGGAACAUGGACACCAGGUAAAGGGAUCAACAUCACAAAAAAUAUGUCCAAUGAAUACGACACCCUUUUACUGCAGAACAAAACGCUCAUCGUUACAACAUAUGUGAACUCACCUUAUGCCAUGUUAAAAGACUCCGCAGAAAAACUUACAGGAAACGCAAGAUACGAAGGUUUCUGUAUAGAUCUUAUCGACCAUUUAGCAAAACAUUUAGGUUUCAAAUAUAUUAUAAAAGAAGUUGCGGACAGAGCGUAUGGACUGAAGAAUGACCAAGGACAGUGGAAUGGAAUGAUUGGAGAACUCAUCAAUGAGGUUGCCGACAUUGCCAUUGUUGACCUCACCAUCACAUCUUCGCGAGAAGAAGCUGUUGACUUCACCAUGCCUUUCAUGAACACAGGUAUAAGCAUUUUAUUCAAGAAACCAACUACAAAAGUUACGACACUCUUCUCUUUUCUCUCUCCAUUUUCCAUGGAAGUAUGGAUAUAUGUAAUGGGUGCCCAUAUUGGCGUUAGUAUCACUCUUUUCUUAGUGGGACGCUUGAGUCCUUAUGAAUGGGACAACCCUCAUCCUUGCCGGCAGGAUGAACAAGUUUUAGAAAAUAGCUUCAGCCUUAUGAAUAGCUUGUGGUUCACAAUUGGAUCUUUGAUGCAACAAGGAUCGGAUCUUGCACCCAGGGCUAUGUCAACGAGGACUAUUGCCGGAAUUUGGUAUUUCUUUACUCUAAUCAUGAUUUCAUCUUAUACCGCCAAUUUAGCUGCUUUUCUAACAGUAGAAAAAGUUAUUUAUCCUGUUGAGAGUGCCGAAGAUUUAGCCAAGCAAACAAAAAUUAAAUAUGGAUGCUUAGGUAGCGGUUCUACAAAAGCUUUUUUCAAAGAGUCUAAAAUUCCAACAUACCAAAAGAUGUGGAACUUCAUGAAUUCAAAUCCAGAGGUCUUCAUGCCCAAUAAUGAGAAAGGAGUUCAAAGGGUCAUGCAAGGCGAUUAUGCAUAUCUCAUGGAAUCAGCUUCUAUUGAAUACAUUACAGAGAGAAACUGUAAUCUUACUCAAAUCGGAAGUUUACUAGACUCGAAAGGCUAUGGAAUAGCUACGAGGAAAGGAUCAAAGUACAGAACACCAUUAUCAAGCGGUAUUUUAAAGCUGCAAGAAGAUGGUAUUCUACACAUCCUUAAAGAACGAUGGUGGAAGCAGAAAAAGGGUGGCGGCAAAUGCAUGGAUGAUUCUAAAAAGUCAUCUAGUGGUGUGACAGAACUUGGCCUUGGUAACGUUGGAGGCGUUUUUGUUGUGCUUCUGACGGGCUUAGCUUUGGCUGCAUUUGUGGCAGUAAUUGAAUUUUUCUGGAAAGCAAGAAAACUAGCUCACGUAGACAGAGAACCCCUAUGUAAAGAGAUGUUCCGAGAGCUGAAAUUUGCAUUAUCAUGUCGAAGCUCUACAAAACCCGUUAUGGGUAGGAAACAGGACAAUUGUGGUGAAUUCAGAGUUUCAACCAUUCCCGGUUACAGUACCCAAUACUGAUGUUUUGACAAUGAAUUUUAGGUGCUUUUAGAAACUAUGACUAUGUACAAGUUGCUUUAAGCAGCCUUUUGAAAAGGGGGUGAUUUCUGAGAAGGUAACACACAACCAUUUAGAGACAUGUUGAGCAUUUUAUAACCAUGGGACAUAAAUAUAGUAUUUUUUACCCUCAACGAAAAUGAACUUAGUCUCUCUUGCGUAGGUUCAAAUAACUGAGCCAAAAGCAUGACACAGUUGUGUUAGAUUAACGCGUCUCAUUUUAUCGAAUGUAGUAAAAACAUUUUUAAUACUAGGUGGAUCAUUACCAGCAUUUUAUACAUCAAAAGAAACUCCUCAUUUACCAAAUACAUUCAAAUUGAAAAGCAAAUUAUAAAUACUUUAGCUGCUUCAAUACAUAUGCAAAUCUUAGAAAUAUCUUAGUUAGGUAAAUUUCUUCACUUCGUAUUACAAACAAAUAGCUGUGCUUAGUAGUGAACACAAUCCAAAAGCAAAAGAUGAUUUUGUAACAGUAACUGAGUAUCAACAAAGAGAAAUGCAAACUAUGAUAGACAAAACAAACCUCUUUUGGCCUUAUUUCAAUGCUGCACACAUGGUUAAUACACUUGUUAACAAAUGAAUCCCACAUAAUAAAAAUUACAAGAUACAUAUGUGCAUUAUCGUACCUUAAUAACAGUAGUUUCAAAUAAUCAUUUCUCUUGACAUGUAUAGAACGACUUUGAUAUUUUGACAUACACAUGAAGGUCCAACAAAUGAAAAUCUUUUCUUAGCUAUACAUAUAUAUGAAUUAAAUCCAUCAGAGAAACAACAGAUUUAAAAACUCUAUUUCACUGAUUUGUAAUUCAUACAUACUUGAUACCUCCAAAAUAUAAUAGAGAAGUUGUAAUCAAAAGGAAGUGCUAAGAUCUUAAAUGUAUAAAACGAAAUUUCUAGUUAGAUUUAGUUAUGUGAAAAUACUUUAUACUACAAGCUUUACAAGCAACUUAAGUAUUUUAAAUAUUAAAAAUUAGAAUUUUUGUCUUCAAACUCAAAACCAUAUAGCAAGAUAUUCCAUAUUCUUAAAAAUUAGAUUAAGAAAUCAAUAAUUUUUCAAAAACGUUUAUAGAGCUCCAUUUUGAAACUUCCCUUCCACAGUAGAAACAUGAAUUCAUUUCAGCUAUGGCAAAAAGUAUGAUGCAGAUAUAAAAAACUGAACUUGCAUUAAGCAGCUUCCCAAAAAACAAAAUACUAAAUGUUUGUGCUGGAAGUAAUGAGUACUAGAAUAUAUGACCAGAAAAUUUAAAAAUCAAAUAUAGCAAAAUUUGUGAUUAUCAUAUGCAAAAGACACAGGUUUCUCUACGGUACUUAAAAUGAAUAUCAUAUUUUACGUAAAAACAAUCAUUAAGUAUUAUUUACAAUACAAAACUUUGGAGAAUUUAAAUAGCAAACACAAAAUUAAAUAAAGAAUUAGAAAUUAACUAUAUUACUCACUUUAAAAUUUAUUUUAUGUUACGAUUUGAAAUAUUUUUUAACCUUGAUCUUCCUCACUAAAAACAUAAAGAAUGUCUAGAGACAGAAUGCAGGCUUAACUACUAAUUCAUCUGAAUUCAAACUAAAUCUACUUAACUGUAAUGUUCCUUAGAGAUGACUUCCAUUUAGAAAACUUGCGUUAAGUUUAUCUUAAUAAAUCGAGAAAAUGAAUUUAAAUAUAUCAUCAUAAUCAUUUCAUCGUAAUUACUUAAAAACAGUGAUAUUUAAUAACGUAUUUCUUAGGUGAUAAAUUUUAGUUCAUGGAAAAUGAUAAUUGAACUCAGAAGCGUAUUACUUUUCUCUACUUAUGAUGGGUUUCAUGGUGCUCAAAUACAGCAAACUGCAUGUUAAAAGUUUUCUAUGGAACUCCAACUUUCAUGAAAAGCUACACAAUAAAGAAAAGACUUCCAGCAGUUUCAAAGGAGAAGAUAAAUCUGCUAACAACUCAAAGAUUUCACUUUUAUCACCCUUUUCAAAGCAGUUACCAUCUUGGAAAAAAAAAAGAAAAAUUCUCAGUGCUCUAUGCUUCUGAGUUAAGCAUCAUUAUUGCAGAAGAUAUAUGUUUUCUAUACAGCAAGGGGCAGUAUUCAUUUUAGUACUUUAAUAGACAUGUUAGCAUCUAAAAUACUCCAUAAAAUAGUUUGAGGCACUAUUAAUUUUAAAAAGCUAUUAAUUUUAAAAAUCAAAUAUAGCAAAAUUUGUGAUUAUCAUAUGCAUAAGAUAUAUUAUCAUAUGCAUAUCUAACUUGAAAUCAGUGGUAUUUUAAAUUGAUUUAGAAAAAGGAAAUUAAUAUGACACUUUAUGAAAUUAGUUUCCAUUCUGCAUAUUAAAGGUUACCUGAAAGUACAUAUAUUCCUUAAAAGUACUAGAAGUUUGUCAUUUUGAAAAAAAAAAACUUAACUAAAAUGGACAUUCCAAGCCCACUUUCAGUAAUGGCAAACCAAAAAAUAUGAAAUAUAUAUAUGUGUAUCAGUACAAUUUUAAUUAUAUCUUGCUCUCGGAGAUGCCAAUAUAAUUAAUAAUUGCACUGUGAUGCUUAAAGCAAAAUGUCUGUAAUGGUUCUUAGCUCUAAAAUAUUAUAUGAUUCAUAUUAACAAACAAAAUUUCGAAUUUUCCAUGUUAAUACAGAAUUUUUAUUUUGUUGCUUAAAAACAAUCCAUUGUUUUUUAUUAAUUUUUGUCAAUUUUUAAUGUAAAACUAGAAAAUUAGAUCCUCAGUGUUUCAUGUUUUUGUACAGUCUUAACUAUAAAAAGAUACAAGCACCUAUUUAAAACAUGUCCAUUGAAAGAAUACUUGAAUGCUAGAAAAUUAGAUCCUCAGUGUUUCAUGCUUUUGUACAGUCCUAACUAUAAAAGACAUAAGCACCUAUUUAAAACAGGUCCAUUGAAAGAAUAUAUGAAAGCAGUUGAGGUCUGUAAUCAACAAACACUUUUGUUUUGCAAUUUAUAAAGCAGUAAUAUUUUUUCUUGGUACAACCUUUCAACCUAAAUCACACAAACAAGACAAAUUUAAAUUAAUUGAACAUAAUUCAUACAAUAUUUUACAUUACUAAAAUAUCACACUAGAAAACAAAAUGCAUAUGCUUUCUAUGUAUUUAACUACUGAAAAUAUCUCUGAAGAAAUGUAUACUAAAAUGUAUGUAAAUGACUAAUUCAAUAUAUGUUGUCUCAUCUGAGAAAAGAAGAGAAGACAGAUUUUCAGUCUAAAAGUACUGUUUAAUAAAGUCAUCAAUAUAAAAUAAUUUUUUGAUACAAUAAAUUUUUUAUAUAAAAA